AUAAGCGUCAGAUUGCAAAAUAGCGUUUGAAGCGGAAAGACACUUCCCGGAAAUUUCUCAGAUUCCGUACCUUUCAACCUUUCCCGCUUCCUUUUCCUUUUUCUCGUUUAUUUCGUUUGGCUGCCGAGAAAACGAAGGAAAAGUAGAGCAAACUGCAGAUUUUUCCCUCUUUUUUUUUUAAUUUUUUUUUGGCUUUAUUUUGAGGUUCCGAGUCAAACUGAACUGUUGAGGUUUACGUGACUGAAAAACCCUACUAGUUCUGAUCUUUUCUUUCACUUUCUCGGUAACCAAACAACGCUGUUCAGUUUGGAGUUGGAAUAAUGAACGGGAGGUAUGUGGAGAGAUCGAGCGGUGUGGCGAGGGAGAAGCGAAGUUUGGAUUCGAGUUCUGCUGAAGAAGGACAACCAGAUCGGAAGCGACCUGCUUUGGCUAGUGUAAUUGUUGAAGCCCUGAAGGUGGAUAGUCUGCAGAAACUUUGCUCAUCACUGGAGCCUAUUUUACGCAGAGUUGUUAGUGAAGAAGUGGAGCGUGCUUUGGCAAAACUAGGCCCUGCCAAGCUUACUGGGAGUUCUUCUCCAAAGCGCAUAGAAGGCCCUGAUGGCAAAAAUUUACAAUUGCACUUCAAGACCAGGCUAUCCCUUCCCCUCUUUACUGGUGGGAAAGUGGAGGGUGAGCAAGGAGCAACCGUACAUAUUGUUUUGAUUGAUGCAAACACGGGCCAUGUUGUCACAUCGGGCCCAGAGUCAUGUGUCAAAUUAGAUGUCAUUGUUCUUGAGGGGGAUUUCAAUAAUGAAGAUGAUGAUACUUGGAGUGAAGAUGAGUUUGAGAGUCAUAUUGUGAAAGAGCGGGAAGGAAAAAGGCCUCUUCUGACUGGCGAUCUGCAAGUCACACUGAAAGAGGGUGUAGGAACACUGGGUGAGCUCACUUUUACAGACAACUCAAGCUGGAUAAGGAGUAGGAAGUUCAGGUUGGGGCUAAAAGUUGCCUCGGGUUAUUGUGAGAGAAUGCGUAUUCGUGAAGCCAAAACAGAAGCUUUCACUGUUAAGGAUCAUCGUGGAGAAUUAUACAAGAAACACUACCCACCUGCUUUGAAUGACGAGGUCUGGAGACUGGAGAAGAUUGGCAAGGAUGGGUCAUUUCACAAAAGGCUAAAUAAAGCAGGAAUAUAUACUGUUGAAGACUUCCUAAGACUUGUGGUCAGAGACCCUCAGAGAUUGCGGAAUAUUCUUGGGAGCGGCAUGUCAAAUAAGAUGUGGGAUAGUCUUGUUGAGCAUGCAAAGACUUGUGUUCUCAGUGGAAAACUUUAUGUAUAUUAUCCUGAUGAUGCAAGAAACGUGGGUGUUGUUUUCAACAAUAUUUAUGAACUGGGUGGCUUAAUUGCCAGCGACCAAUAUUACUCUGCUGAUUCCCUCUCUGAGAGUCAGAAGGUUUAUGUAGACACGUUGGUGAAGAAGGCAUAUGAUAAUUGGAUGCAUGUUAUUGAGUAUGAUGGGAAGUCUCUGCUAAAUUACAGUCAGGAUAAGACUUUGGACACUGCUCAUCGUCAGGCUCAAAUGGGCCCCCAGGAAUAUUCAAACUCAUUUCCGCAGAUUUCCAUCCCAAGUUUGCCAUUUCUAGAACAUACAGGCCAGCCUUCAAUGGAUUCAGGAAUAACAGUUGGAGGUUAUCAUGAUGGUACAACUACCAGAUACUCCAUGCAACCACCGAAUGCUAAUCAUAAUUCUUCUAUUCAGUUUGAUGAUAAUGCAUUUUCAAUACAAAACCAGUUGAUUAGUGUUUCACACCAAGCUCAACUUCCAACAAAUGAAAAUGGGCUCACUCUUGGUCCACUACAAUCAGCCACACAUGGCUUCCAGACUGCCAGCAUUUCAAAUCCAACAUACAGAGGAGUUGAAGACUUCUUCCCAGAGGAGGAGAUCCGUAUUAGAAGCCAUGAGAUGCUAGAAAAUGAAGAUAUGCAGCAUCUUCUCCGUAUUUUUAACCUGGGGGGCCAAGCACAUGCUUCCUUUAAUGCCCAUGAAGAUGGAUACCCUAGUUCAUCUACAUACAUGCCUGCAACCCCUGUGAGGUACAAUUUUGAUGAUGAGCCAAACCGUUCCUCAGGAAAAGCUGUUGUGGGCUGGCUCAAGCUCAAGGCAGCUUUGAGGUGGGGCAUAUUUAUUCGGAAGAAGGCUGCCGAGAGACGGGCACAACUCGUUGAAUUGGAUGACUCGUAGAGAACUUGGAGGUACUACUCAUUUUUAUGAUCUGAACAAUUUUUCUGGAAAUAUCAUGGAAGGCUUCUUUGCUGAGAUUCAAAAUUGCCAUCAUGCUAAAAUUUCGUAGCAUGAGCAAUGACAUGAAAUCUGGAUUGAAUUAUUUGGCACAGGCUUGACUUUGAUUUCACUGUGUCUUAACUCAUAAACAGUUGUGCAGAGAUCUCUGCCUGUACAAGAAUUUCACUCUGCAACAACUCUUAUAUAGCUGCUUUGCUUGUGAUAUUUUCCACCAGGCGUUCCUGUCUACAAGUUGUAAAGUCUCGACAGUUUGCUUGUUUUAAACUGAAGUCAAUUUUUGCUUGAAAUUGGCAGGGCCUAAGUGUGGAAUCUCUGGAAACUAGGAUCUUUACAUUUAUGGGGUCUUAUUAGUUUUUGCGCAGUAUGAUGGAUAAUGUUUAACUAGCUUAUGUAUUUUGUUGUGUAGUUGCCCUGUAGCGUAGUAGUUAUAAUAAUUUGAAGUGCUGAGCACUUGGAGCACUUUUGUUUACUGCCUCUUUGCCAAAUGAAUGUUUCAGUAGCCGUACAAGUUUGCAUACCUUUUCAUGGGAUAGUAGUCU